CCACCAAGUAAACGACCGUGUUAUGAGGGGAGGCGGGGCUGGCCAGCAACAUGUGCACCUUCACGGCAAAUAUUGGUGUAAUGCACUGGUGGUUAUGUGCCGUGACUGACUGAAGUGAGUGAAUAAACCCAAGAGAAAGAGAUAAAUGAGACUGUCGAUAGAAAUAUACAGCAGGAAACGAGGAAACCGAGGAAACAAAAUUGUGGGGUGGAAGGGUCAUCUGCAACAAGGAAUUACAGCUAUUUCACUUCAUACCUGACCUUUAAAGACGUCAUAGAUAUCCCUCAUCGCCAAAUAUCUAGUAUAUGUCCUCUCCAAUAUUGGUUAAAUGUUAUGCCCAAGAGUGAAUAUACUGUCAGAUGGUCACGAGUUUAUCCUAAUUCUCUGAUAUUAAGUCAUGAUGUGAAUGCCAGUCCACCACGAGACCUCCAGUACCGGUAUCAAACGUUGCCACAGCUUUGAUUGGUGACAUGAGUGCACUGUGCUGGUCGUGCAACAUGGAGGGGGAGGUACACGGUGCCAUCCCCCGUGGCCUACGUGCCCUCUCCCACGACAUGGUGGAGGGCGUGGUAGACAGCGGCUGGCACGCCACGCUGACCCGAGGGCUGGACGAGGCGUGGCAGACAAGGCUCUUCACUGACCUUGUCAUCAGGACACAGGACCAGGUCAUUCAUGCCCACAAGGUCAUCCUUGCAGCAGCGUCACCUUACUUCAGAUUGGCUCUCGUGUUGCAGGGCCAUGCUGUCCGUGGGUCUGGUUGAGGGCCAGACGCAGACCCUCGUGCUGGAGGAUGUGUCGUGGGACGUGCUCAACACAGUCAUCAAGUUCGUGUACACAGGCCGCGCCUCCCUCACAGAGCACAACGUACAGGAGGUGCUCACGCUGGCAGAUUAUUUUCAAAUACAUUCCUUGAAAAAGCUAUGCUGUUACCACCUCAAAACACACCUUGUAUCUCGCACUUGUCUGAGUGUGUAUGAAGUGGCGGCCCUCCACAGGUGCAAUGACCUGGCCGCCGAGGCCCUGGCACUGGCCGCCUCACAGUGCUCGGAGGUGCUUGCUCAACCCGGCUUCUUGAAUCUGCAACCUGAGACCCUGCUCACGUUCCUCAAGCAACCCUACCUUAGCGUGGAAACAGAAGAAAAGCUUUUUGAGGGUGUUGUGGAUUGGGCCUCUGAGGAUCCAGCUGAACGUCAAAAAUGGCUGCCCAUGCUGAUUGAAAACAUCAACCUCGAGUUCCUUAAGUCUCAGAAAAACAAGUGGCUUUCUGUUUUAGAGGAGAAAAAUCUCUUGCAGGAGGAUCUUAAAAAUAUUGUAGAUCCUGUUGAACUGGAGUGUUAUGUUGAAGAUGAUGACUGUGAAAAUCAGAAGUCCCCAAAGAUGAUGAGGCACAAUACCCUGGAGGAGGUGCUGCUGGUGAUGGGAGGCGAGUCCAAUGGGCGGUUGCUGAGGAACACUGAGUGCUUUGCUGUUGGUUAUUCAUCUUGGCGGUGUAGCAUCCCUGAGGUGGCAAGAACCUCUAACCCACACUACCACCAGCUGCAGGUGUUGCCCCCGAUGCAACAUGCUCGUGCCUAUUGUGCUGUGGCUACCCAACAGAACAUGGUGUAUGUUCUUGGUGGGCAGACUGCCAAAACAUUCCUGGCAUCUUGUGAAUGCUACAAUGUAUUAAGCAACAGCUGGCACCCCUUGAGUGAUCUACCCGAGGCUGUGCAUGGCUCAGGGGCAGCCUUCUUGGAUGGCAGCCUCUAUCUUGCUGGAGGAAAGUCCCUGGAAUGCUACCAGUCAGGGCUGUGGGUUUACAAUGAGUACAGAGAUGCUUGGUCAAGUCGGGGUUCAAUGGGUGUUGGAAGGGCCCACUUUGGCCUGGCAGCCCUGCACGGCUCACUCUAUGCUGUGGGUGGUGUGGGCCAUGCAGGAAUUCUGGACUCCUGUGAAAAGUAUGAUCCAGGAGCAGAUGUUUGGGUUCCCAUUGCCUCCUUGGGUCAAGCAAGGGGAUACCUGGGUGUGGCGGUGAUCCAUGAUCACUUGUAUGCCAUUGGAGGAUACACCGGCUCACAGUGGCUCAACUGUGUGGAGCGCUAUGACCCUCUCAGGGACCAGUGGACCUCCGUGUCUCCCAUGAUUAGUGCACGGAGCAGCUUUGGGGUGACUGUUAGCCAUGGGCGGAUCUACUGCCUAGGUGGGUUCAGUGGAGAGUCAAACCUAAACUCUGUAGAAAAGUACAACCCUCGCACCAACAUGUGGCACUGCGUCCAGUCCAUGCAACUGCGGAGGUACGGGUUGGUGGCUGCGACUGUCAGUGUUCCUGGGGCAGUGAGGUGAUGGCUGCUGUUUGCUCAUUGUUGUCCUGACGUGGUUUAGCUUCUCAAGCAAUGAAAUAAACCAUUAGGUUUCAUGUUCAGCUGCUCAGUAUUUUGAUUAUUAUUUUAUGUUCUUGAACUGCUCAUUACUACCUUCAACUCUUUUACUGCCUCAGGCUAUAGAAAAGAAUGUCGAAUACAGUAAGAUGCUCAUUGGGCUUCCCAAUUACAUUUACAAUAAUGAAUUGCUCAUUCCUAUCUUGUUGCUCUGUACUGGCUCAAGCUGUAAAUUAGGAAUGUCAGGCCCUGUUACAGUUUUGUGUACAAUUAUUAUGCACUGGCUAAUGCAAUUUUUCAUUCAGGUUGUGGACUACAAAUUCAUUAUGACAGUAUUGUUUUAGGAUUUAGUAUAAUACCCAAUGAAAACAAUAACCCUUGUAAUGAUAUUAGAUUUAGAAUGAUGUACAAAAGAAGUGUAAAUGUAAAAAGUAAAUAAAUUGUAAUAAACUUG